GGUCUCUGAGGGCCAAUGGGAGAGGCCUGAGGUCUGAAGGUAGUGAGCCGUGGGGUUGGAGGCUCCAGCAACUAGAGGCCGUCCAAGUCGGACCAAUCAGAGUGAGGAGGUGGGAGGAGGUUAGCCAAUCAGUGUGCAAGAUAGGUGAGACUCGGGGUUGAGGAGUCUCGCGUGGACACUGCAGGCUCCCGAGUUCUGUCAGGGGAGCCGGGCGUGCGGAGGCAACUGAGGAGGCGGGAAGGCGACAGUGGUUUAAGAGGCAACUGCAAACUUGAGGGGAGGAGGUCCGAGAGAGUGGGAAGCUAUGGUGAUGGCAGCGAAAAAGGGCCCAGGGCCAGGCGGUGGGGUUAGCGGGGGAAAGGCGGAGGCCGAGGCAGCCUCGGAGGUGUGGUGUCGCCGGGUGCGGGAGCUGGGCGGCUGCAGCCAGGCCGGGAACCGCCACUGCUUCGAGUGCGCCCAGCGCGGGGUCACCUACGUGGAUAUCACCGUGGGCAGCUUCGUCUGUACCACCUGCUCGGGACUCCUGAGAGGCCUGAACCCCCCUCAUAGAGUCAAGUCCAUCUCCAUGACAACUUUCACUGAGCCUGAAGUAGUAUUCCUGCAAUCUCGAGGAAAUGAGGUUUGCAGGAAAAUUUGGCUGGGUCUUUUUGAUGCUCGGACAUCUUUGAUACCAGAUUCCAGGGAUCCUCAGAAGGUGAAGGAGUUUCUCCAGGAAAAAUAUGAGAAGAAGAGAUGGUAUGUCCCCCCGGAGCAGGUCAAGGGGCCUGCUUUUACCAAAGGCAGUGCCUCCACUCCUAUCCAGGGCUCCAUCCCAGAAGGGAAACCUCUGCGGACACUUUUGGGAGAUCCUGUGCCAUCUCUCUCAGCUGCUACGUCCACCUCUAGCCAGUCUGUCAGUCAGUCUCAGGCUCGGACAUCCCAGCCCCGGAGUGUUCAGCCACCUCCCCACUCCUCGAUGAAGAAAGCCAGUACUGACCUGCUGGCUGACAUUGGUGGAGACCCCUUUGCUGCUCCCCAAGCAGUACAAGCAUUUGCUGCUUUCCCAGCCUUUGUGGGCCAGACACCUUCCCAUGGGGGCUUUGCCAACUUUGAAGCCUUUGGCAGUAGCUCUUCUGCAUUUGGAAGCAUUCCUCUAGCUGGCCAAGCCCCAUUCCAGCCCCAGCCAACACCCACAGCCAGUCAGAUGCUAACUGGAAGUUACAGUUUUGGGAGCAGCCAAGUGACUCCAUUUGGUACCUCUCCACUUGUACCUGCCAGUCAGCCCAACAGCCUCACAGAUAUGGGUGGCCUCCUGGGACCUGGGGCGUCAGCUGGAGGUGUCCCUAGCAGCAUCUUCGGGAUGACUGGUCAGGUCCCUACACUCCAGUCAGCCACAACUGGCGGAGGUGGCAGCACAGGGCUUGCCUUUGGAGCCUUCACCAACCCUUUCACAGCACCUGCUGCUCAUCCCCAGCUGCCUUCCACCAACCCAUUCCAGCCCAAAGGCUUGGUCACAGGGCCCAGCUUUGGGAUGAGCAGUGCUGGGCCUGGCUUCCCCCAGACAAUGCCACCCACUGGGGCCUUUGCCAGCACCUUCCCACCGCCGCUGUUCUCCCCACAGACCUCGAUGACUCAACAGCAGAAUGGCUCUUCCUUCAGCGACUUAGGAUCUGCCAAGCUGGGACAGAGGCCCCUGAGCCAGCCAGGAGGCAUCUCCACCAACCCCUUCAUGACUGGAUCCUCAUCAAGCCCAUUUGCCUCCAAACCUCCGACCACCAACCCAUUCUUAUAGCACUGUGUCCUGGCUCCUAGCGGGGGCUCUUCCCUGCUCUCUGGGGCCCCUGUACUCCCUGGAGCUCUGGUGACCAUUUGCCUAUGGCAUUUCUGUGGGUCUGAGAUCAUAAUGGGCCUGUUUUGCAGGGUAGGGGUCUUGGGGAUGGUGGAGGUGCUAAUGCUUUGCUUGGGGCUUGCAGAUAAAAAAGCGGCUUCCUUCCUUUCUCCUUCUAGCCCCCACCCAGGCAGGAGGCCCAGGAGGAGAAAAGGCAGGGCCUGGCCUAGAGGAGAGAUGGUAUUUUAUUUCUCAAAUUAUUAAUUAUGAUGACAGUAAUCCUCCUUCUGUCCUCAGCAUACACAGCACUCCCUUCAUUCCCAACCCCGUGGGCAGAGGAAGCUGUGGGCACAGACUGACCAGUGUUCCGAAUGACUCUUCCCCAUGGCCAACUUGCCAGAGCUAUUCUCCUCCUGUGGGAAGAGUAGGGUAAAGUUGGGGUUCAGGCAUGGUGUUGAUGUGGGAUAGUAAUCAGACAGGCUGAGAAGGUCUUGGAGGUCUAGAGUGCCCUUGGUGCCCUGGCUUGGGCCAGCACACCCUUUUCUUCAUGUUUUUGCUUCCCUAGCUCCCUCCCUCAUCUUGGGUACUUGGGACGACUAGUUUUACCUACAUGCUUAGACAUGCCCAACUCCUGUCAAGCACUUUAGUUAGCUGUGGUAUCAUGUUUGGAUACCAGUGUUUUAUAUUUAUACAUAGAGAAUUUUCUAAUAUAGCCUAUUAUAUAUAUGUGUACACACACACACACACACACACACACACACACACACACACACACGCAGCCAUUCUCCCUCUAUCAGAUAGCUCUUUUACAUGGGGAGUGGGAUAAAUCCCCAUCUGUGCCUCGACCAGCAAAGCUGGAGCUGCAGGGUGUCAUGAGGGAGGGUAACCACAUGUCCUGGCCACCCCAGAGACUAGGCUUUUCCAAAGAAAGGCUUUGUGCGAUUGGCUAUUUUUUUUUUCUUUCUUUUUUUCAUGUGCCUCCCUGGCCCCCAAAUCUCUGCACCAAAGCUGUUGUAGGCAAUGUUGGAAAAGAACUGCAUUUGAAAGAAAAAAUGGCUCCUGUGGUCUUGCUUUGGGCCAGCUUAAGGGGCCUCAUGUCAGUCAACAUGACUGCCUGGGUUGGUGAUAAUGUUGCCUGCAAAGCCACUUGCCAUUGGCCAAGGAUAGGAACAAGGACAGGACUUGUUGCCCACAGAGCCAGCCCCUGUCUAAACUGGAGUCCCAUGUUAGCAAUGGUAGGGAGCACAGCAGGAGAGGGGCUACCUCUGCCAGGGACAGGAGUUAGGUGGCUAUAGUAAGGGGGGUGAUUCCCACCAGGGGUGGGGGAGGGCAAAAGAGGAGGUGCCAGCUGGGAAAUAGAAGUGGACCUGAUCAGAGUAGACCACUCUCAGGUACAUCCUCAGGCCCUCCCCAGACUGUUUCCACCUGAGGAUGUUGUGUCAACAGCCUUGGUGUCUGGGCUGUUAGAGUGGUGACAAGACAGAUAGCUUGGGUUAAACACCUCACCUGGCUGAGGAGAGGCCCAAGACUCAGCCUUGCUGUCAGAAGAGAUUCCUCCUUUUUCCAUGUUGCCAAGGAACUCUUGGCCCUUUAGCCAUUCAUUCUUGGGAUUUCUCUGGGUCUUUCCACCCAGUGACCUUUAACAGCAUAACAGCAACGAGAGGCGGGGAUUGAGUUAUCAAUUACUUUGAGGAAUUUUCUGGGAAUACCUCCAGCUACUACUAUUUUCCCAGCCAGGCACGGCCUCCCCACCUUUCCACCCAUCCUGUCUUGUGUCUAUGUUUGAGUUCUUCCAGCUUCUACCCACCUUCCCUCUCCUGGUAGGAUCUCCCAGGGUAAACCACCAUCUUUUUUUUUCCUGGAUUUAUCAUGUUCUGUCUGUUCCAUUCUCAGUAUUUUUUUCUGCCACCCUUGAUUAUCUCUGUCCUUCCUCUUUCUGUUUGGCAUUCUCUGCUUAGGGCCAGGGAAGAGGGCAUGGGGAGUGGGGUGGCGGAGGGAGAUGGGGGGAGGAAGAAAGCUGAUAUUUGUUGUGGUAUAGGAGGGGGAAGAGCCUUUUCUUAUUUUCCCCCAGCUCUUCCCACUCCUCCUUCCCUAACUAAAAACACUAAGGUUUGGAGGUGAGAGUUAAAGGAUCAGGAGCUAUAGUGCCUCUUACUUUACCGCAUGUUUCGGUCACACUCCUGCUGUUUCCCAGGGAUCUCCUUACUGCUUGGUGCCUGGGCCCAGGACCUCCCAAAUGUCCCCCUUCGUGCCUCCCAGUCACUCUGUCCCACAUGGACUCCAGAAAGUUCACUGGCCAGAGCUGGAUAACCCAGAGAAGUUACACUAGGUCAGCCUCGUGCCCCAAAGCAGAAAAAUCAAGAGCCCCCAGGCACAGGCUAAGACCAGGACUGCAGCUGCCUCUCGGCCUGGAACAGCCUCUACUGGGCCUCCUCUCUACAGACAACGGGCAAAGAAUGGAAAACUCCCCGGGCUGAUAAAAAUAUUUAAGUGACUGGACUGUGUUCCUCUUGCUGCACGCCCCCAGGGAUAUCCCUGCACGGCCCUGCCUGUUAGCUGCAAAUCUGGACCCCACUACACACACACUGUGCAGCCGGAGGAACUCACCCAGGUUUCCACCAGGUUUCUGACCAAGUCCUCAUGUUCCCCUACCCCCAACCAUUGCUGUGACCAUGCUCUGCACACAGCGGUCCUCUGGUCCCAACCUUCAGCUGGUCACCUGCGACUGCCCCUAUUGGUGAGGAAGCAGGAGCCAGUCUCCAGGUGCUCUGUAAAGAGCAUUCUGUCCACCUUGGAGCCUUGGAGCCAUGGCUGGGGAGGGCUGAAGAAAGAGGCUAAAUAUAUGGCGCUGUCCCUACAUCCCCUCCCUCCACAGAGGAAUGGGAACUCAGGAUGGGGGAGGGAGGGGCACAUGCGAACAGCCCAGCCUUAGUACCUCAGCCUCCUCCCUCUAGGUUCCUCUCCUGGGUAACAAGAUACUUCCACAGGGACUUAGAAUGUGGAGAUUCCAUCCUGCCAUCCCAUAGCUGCCCCGCACCUGGCAGGGGGAUGCAUAAGUGAACCCCUCUGGUUCGGGAGAAGUGUUCUCACCCAGCAGAGCUGAGGUUCUGUCACUUCCUGUAUCUGGGGAACAACUCAUGUUACCCAGGCAACGGGCUAGAAUAAAUCUUAUCUGAGUAAGACCAAGGGCAGUGUUGCUAAGGCAACUGAUUAGGCCAGUUGUUUGGCUCCAGGCUUUUCCUGGUACCCAGCAGGCUAAAUCACUUGGCACUACCAAGCCAUCUACCACAGCUGCUUCCUGCUUUAUCUAUACCCAGCAUUUAGGGGUUCAAUGUGACAACAGCUAUGAUUCCACAGGACUGGGGUCCUGCAAGGUGGCCUGGUUGAUGGGGAAUAGGAAGGAGUAGGUAUGAAGAGACCCUCCUAUGGAUAGUUGCAAAUUAAGCCUGGGGAGUAAGGCUCCGGCCAGGAGCAUGGCAGGUACGUGGGCCCUGUAGGUGCCCUGCUCUUUGAGGCAGCACCCAGACUAGUAAGGCGAGUGGCUAACAGAUGGCAUUUAUUUCCCUGCCACUUUGCACAUUAAUACAUGAUGUAUAUAUCAAGGCUACAUGAGGGGCUAUGGCCUUGAACAUACUGUUUUGGUGGCCACUUAUGGAUCCGUUAUAUACCUGCUUCCCCCUGGGCCAACAGCCAUCAAUGGUGGCAGCUGCUACUGGCCCCAGUGCACUACCUGAAUUGCCAGCACCUCUCCUGCACCUUGAUGGGACUUUGGCUGACUGGAGGGCACCUGAAGCAGCCCCUGGGCACCGCCUGCCUGCUAUCUGGAUGCCCGCCCUCAGUUUGCUGGUUAGCUCGUGCAUCACUCUCAACAUCACCCUUGGAAAGGUGUUCACAGGUCCUAGCUUCCAUGUACACUGCACUGUUGGCUCCUCCAGUAUUCUAACUCCUUCCUUCUAGGCCUGGAAGGGCCUCCCUACUCAGGUUGACCUGACCCAUGGACUAAGUAAAAGAAUCAGGUUCCUUUGCUUCA